AUCCAAUUACAACUUAUAAAUAGGUCACAUGUCCUUUCUAACUUUCUCAUUCUACCAUAAACCCAUUACUUUGAUUCAUCUCUUAUUAAUUACUCAUUUUUUCCCUAAUUCAAUCCAUCAUGGCUGAGGAGAAGCACCACCACCAUUUCCACCAUGAAGAUAAGUCUGGCUAUGUUGAAGAAGUUGACUAUAGAAAAGAGGAGAAACAUCACAAACAUCUUGAGCACCUUGGUGAGCUUGGUACUGCGGCUGCUGGUGUUUAUGCCAUGCACGAGGCCAAGAAAGACCCAGAGCAUGCUCACAAGCAUAAGAUAGAAGAGGAGAUUGCGGCGGCUGCCGCUGUGGGAUCUGGUGGUUUUGUCUUCCAUGAACAUCAUGAGAAAAAAGAAGCUAAGAAAGAAGAUGAGGAAGCACAUGGAAAGAAGCACCACCAUCUCUUUUGAAGAACAUGAUGAAUAUAAUCAAGCUCAUCAAGAUCACCCCGUUUAUAUGUAUCUUGUAGUAGUUAAAUAUAUGUGUUAUUUGAAGGGUGUCUAAAUAAAGUUUGAGCUAUAUAGUUUGGAGAGUCUUUAAUUCUCUAUAUAGUUGCUUUAAAUAAUUACACAUAAAAUGUGUUCUAUUUUGACUAUAUAAUUUAUAGUUAUAAAGUAAUUUUCUGGUAGGCUUUGUAAAUUUGAUAAUUUAAUUACAUAUAUGUGUUUCUUGUCAUUGAUCA